AUGUGGCUAGUCGAUAAUUGGCACAUUAUUCUAUUCUGGUGUAUUUUCGACCGACUUUUCCCUAAUGUCUUUCGUUAUUUCGACCCAUAUUUCAUCGCACUUUACAACUGGAUUAGCGACAAAGUCGAGAGAUUUCUUCAAAAAGAUCUUCUAUGUGAAGUGUGCAACAAGAUAGAGGACGAAUGUGAUCACGAGGCGGAUGGAAUUAUCGAGAAUGAGAUUAAUACUUGA